AUGAUAAAUAUAGCUACAGACACAAAUAUAGAAGAUAAAGACACAGACAAGAUAGAAGGCAGAGACACAGACAAGAUAGAAGACAGAGACCCAGAGAAGAAAGAAGACAGUGACAAAAACAAGAUAGAAGACAAAGACACAAACAAGAUAGAAUACAAAGACACAGACAAGAUAGAAGGCAGAGACACAGACAAGGUAGAAGACAGAGACCCAGAGAAGAUAGAAGACAGAGACCCAGAGAAGAUAGAAGACAGAGACCCAGAGAAGAUAGAAGACAGAGACCCAGAGAAGAUAGAAGACUUGUCUGAUUUGGUUGGACAAGCCACCUGGGCUAUUCAAAACAAUAAACUUGAUUACGCAUUGGACUUGUUGAAGGAAACUGACGAAAAAGUUCACCAACGUAAUAAACUCAUCCGAAUUGCAGAUACGAGUGAGGGUGGCUGGGAAACGAUGCGCCAAUACGAGAUUAAUCCAGUUGCCAGCGAUAGCGAGGACGAAAACAAAAUAUCUAAGGCAGAAAACAGGGCUUUACGUAAACGUAAACGAAGUCAGCAGAAAAAGUCGUCUACAUCGCAAUCUAAGAAUGCAUUACUUCCAGGGCCUCCUUCUUAUGGUAGGAAUCCUCCACUUCAGUCAUGGGGUACGCAGAAUUCCGCUUCGGCCACCUUCCAGGCAGGGGCAAGUACAUCUAAUUUUCGUCCCUACUCAGGAAAGGUGUAUGGCAGCUGCUUCGCAUGCGGGGAUUUCUCCCACUACAGGAAAGACUGUCCAUACGUGUCAGGCACUUACACCAGGCAGAGGUAUCCAACCGGAACUAAUGAAUUUAUUUUGGAUGUUAUCACAAACGGGUAUAAAAUUCCUUUCUUUUCUUUGCCACCUGCAUAUGAUGGUUUCGGAUGUGAUAAAGAUUUACCUGGUUGCCAAGAUACUGCACUUUCAGUAAAAAAUGAUCUUCUUGAAUCUGGGUUUGUCCCUAAGGCAGAAAAGUCUUUGUGGGUACCAGUGCAAAAUCUUGAGUUUUUGGGGACUGUUCUUGAUUCUACUCUAAACAGUGUUUAUAUACCUGAUAGAAGGGUUCAAAGACGUUGA